AUAUCCAAGAAAAAAAAGAAGUUCGUCUACGAGUCCCGGUCCAGCGUGAAGCUAGAGGGCGCGGAACUCGCUCUGUACGAGGAGGUGGCGCGCACUCCGCCGUUCCUGCGGCGCACGCUCGCGCUGGUGGGCACGCGCGGCGUGGGCCGGCGCACGCUCAAGAACAAGAUGAUACACGACCACCCGGACCGCUUCGGGGCCGUCGUGCCGCAUACCUCACGCCCCCCUCGGCCCAUGGAAGAAAACGGCCAGUCCUACUGGUUCGUGUCCCGGGAAGAAAUGGAACGGGACGCGCACGCCGGCCGCUUCCUGGAGUACGGAGAACACAACGGACACCUCUAUGGGACGCAUCUGGACUCUAUACGGGCUGUAAUCAAGGAAGGCAAAAUGUGCAUCCUAGACUGCGCCCCGCAGUCGCUGAAACUGCUUCACAACAGCAGCGAAUUCCUGCCAUAUGUAGUGAUGGUGGGCGCGCCCGGCAUCGAACAACUACGUAACCUGACCUACGCUUCGAACAGAAACCUGACGUUUGACCGGCAGAGCUCCAUCCGCUACAGCUCUCGGCGCGCGCGCACGUUGGAAUCGUUGGCGUCGCUUUACGAGGAAGAAGACAUGAAACAGACGCUCGAAGAGAGCGCUCGCAUCCACCGGCAGUACGAAAAGUACAUCGACUUCGUGAUCACAAACAACAACGCCGAUACCACCUACUCAAAGAUCAUGGACGCCCUGCACGCUCUCUCCACCGACCACCAAUGGGUGCCGGUCAGCUGGAUUUAUUAACAUCGACCCAAUAUAGGUUAUCUUUAGUCUGCGAAUGCGCUACGAUGAUUAUCAGGUAAGCGGGGUACUCCGAAAAACGUUAUUCUAAGUUUUGGAUGUUGCGAUCCCUCUCACGCAAAGCGAGGUGCCAGCAUGAGCGACGGUGACAGAUAGACCCGAAGCUACGUAAACGGCGUUUCGGAGUAACCCUCAAGGUCUAUGUCUUCGUUUGUAAGCUAUAAGAGUGAUGAUACGCAUCCUCUUGAGCAAUCACGGCCUACUUUCUGUCUAUAAUGCCAUUUGAAAUGGCUUCACUACUUUCUCUAAUUUCUUAAUAAAAGUAAUGAACCUUAAUUAGCCAAUUUAUAGAUAAGUUACUUGAUAUGUCGUCAUCGUAUCGCAUUUAUUUUGACUGCCUCUGUAUUAGUCUUCCCGCACUGUGUUAGGCAAAUGAAUUUAUGUAUUUAAGGUAUGAAGCCGAGUGUUAUGAAUUUGGUCAUUUAAAUAUGCUUAUUUACAUCACAUUACUUAAUUUUAAAAAAAAUGCUCCAGCAUUGCCGCUUUUAUUAUUAUAAAAAUUAAAUAAUAAUAGCCAUUUUGGAAAUAUUCAUCUGACACUUGCGCUUAUUUUUGAUAAUAUUAUGCCUAAAAUAGCUUGUAUAGUGCGGGCCUAAUUUUACAAUUAAUUAAUUAGUAUUAUUAAGUAUUACUUGUAACUUGUAUUAAGAUAUUGUGCCAGCAAGAAAAAUCGCUGAUUUAUUUAUAGUUGGAUAAAGUCAUUCCAUAAUAUAAAAUAUGUUUUACAUGCAAUUACAAAAUUUGUUACCAAAAUAUUUUUAUCACAAAAUAGUUAAUAAACCUAAAUAAAUCCACUUUAAACUUAAAUAAUCUGCAGUCUUUUUUCGAUAUUUACCAUUAGGAAUCAGUAUGUAAUUCCCACCUGUAAAAUUAUGAUUUUACAAAUAACUUUAAGGCCAAGAUUGUGUGUUAUUAUUAUUACAAUAUGUAUAGAUCAGUUAAGUACGUUUUAUUAAAUGUAUAUUUAUACUUAAGUACUAUGGAUAGUACAAUAUUAUGUGCAAAGAUGUAUUAUAUUAAUUUCUUUCAAUAAAAUCUCAAUGAUCAUGACAAUGUAUUGAUGAAUAUUCUAGGUCUUUUAAAACUUUAUUGUUCUUUUUUUGUGCUUAUUUAUAUUAAUAUGCAAAGCUAUUUUUAUACAGACAAGCGUUACCUAACAAUAGCUGAUGCUACUUUUAACAUUGCUAUGUAUAGUUUGGUGUCAUAAUGUCAAUAUGUAACGGAUUUUGUUUAGAGGUAGGUACUUCAAAACUUUUUAUGCAGAACAGCAGGUAUUUAAUCGCAAUCACACCUGAUGUUAAGUGAGAAGAAAUCAAUGCUGAAAUAAAUCAGUUUAUUCUUUACUUUUCUUAAUUUAUUCAUUAGACUCUAUUACGAGUACUUUAGUUUCAAUGUAUUAAAAGUACACUCUUUCUUUUGUGUGUACACUAUGACGCAAAAUGACAUUAUGUACCAACUAUAUUCCAGUAAAUAAGAAUAAAUCCUGUUUUUACAUCACGUAAGGGCGAAACGGUUUCCCCGAAAAGCUCUACGUGUUAUUAGUUCUAAGGAGACUUGCUUUGAUUUACAUUUAAGCUACAUUGUAAAUUUAGCUUGUACUUCAUUGAGAAUCUCACAUUCCGUCCAUUUUAUUUUGUUGUUUAGCUAUAAAUUUUAUUGGAAUAUUCAAUAUACAUUAUAACUGUAA